UAGUGAUCAUGACAUCAGUUGAGCUCUGCAACCCUUGUCGCACGCUCCUUUCUCUGUGAGAAGAAGACUAUUCUAAUCUCUCUCCCUCCGUCUGCCUGCCUGGUGUCGUCGUCGUCGUCGACAACAAGAAGGAAUCGUCAUCAACGUCCAUCAUCAUCAUCAUCAACAACACACAGGAGUGAUUUGCAUACUGGGAGAAGAAGAAGGAGGAAGGAAAAGGAGUCAUCCGGACUGACUGAUUUUGUUUUGGGCCAUCCUAGUUCCUUGCAUAUGAAUAACCUUCAGUCGACCAGCAACUACUCGAUACUAAACUGCUCUCAAAUAUCAGAUCGACUAAAGACUUAGUUGCACGCUAUUUGCCAUCACGAGCGACGAGGAGCGGACAUAUCAACAAAAGACUUUGGUCGUUGGUGGAUUGUUGACAAUAUUCUCAUCGGUGAAAAAUUACGUUACAAAGUGAGGUCAUCAUUGGCUGGUGGUUCAGUCCGUUCAGGAACACGAGUGGUCAAAACUCAAAGGACAAAAUUUGGAGAGAAAAUGAGUUGUCAUGACGACACCUCUUUCCAGCAAUUGUUCGUUGCCAUGGGUCGCACAUAGUUCAACUACAGAAAGACAAAAAAUGAGGAUAAAACUAAAACUUCCUACCGACCAUCUUCGCCAAUCUGUUAAAUCCUGACUCUGGAGCAACAAGGAUGCCUAAAGUCGGCGACAGAGAAAUGGAGACGGAGACGACAGAUAUUUCUAGCGUCGUGAACUCUAUCGUUUCGAAGGUGGAGGAGAACCUGUCAUCAUCAACAACAACAAGUGCCAAUAAAAAUAAUAACAAUAGUAAUAGCAGUAAUAAUAAUAAUAACGUGGGUGACCAAUCCGCGACAACUGCCGCAGUGCGGAGUUGUGGUUUAAGGUCAGCAAGUGCUUUGGGUGAUGUCGUGAAUGGUGAGGUUGCUGGAGGCGACAUUCAUCAGCAGCACGCAAACUCUUUUAUCGUCCCCAAAUUAUUUGGUGCUAGUGACGGCCGCCAUGACUUGGGAAGAGGGGGACAAGUACAAAACAGCAACCCUGCACUUAAUCUUAUCAGUACACUGCCACCCGUGAACUUAUCCAAUGUAUUCAGCGACUCUUGUGAGAUUGACAUGUCAGAUGGAGGACAAAAGUCGAAACGCGUUUCCAAUAAUGCACAAAACGGUGCGGCUCCUUCAGCAGAUACCACUACGCCAGCUUCACCACGACCAGUUUCUCCAAGAAUCUCAAUCUCGCAUAUUGGAAUUAACCUUAACAUACUUAAACGUCCAGACAGCCCGAGCCCUGGUUCACCAUAUUCUCCUAACAGCAGCAGUGUCAUCAGUAAUCCAUCACCACCGUGUCCAGCCGAAAUUAUUCUUGGGGAUGACAAAGAGCUAAUCAUCAACAGCAGCAGCAACGGGAGUAAUAAUGCAGCUAUUGGGAAACCAAUUUUUAUUUUAGGUGCCACCGACGACGAAGAUACUCGAGACGUUUCUGUACUCUUUCGAAUUCCUCCAUGCCAAAAGUCUGUCAAAGAACCACACUUUGAAGAAGAUUCUUUAUUGAAACAACCACAAAACGAUGAGGAUAAGGAGCCUCAGUCAUUGUUCGCCCAUGAGAAUAAUAAUAACAAUGUUUGUAGUAACACGUGUGUGGUCGAGAUGCAAGAAACGUCAGCAGCGUCAUCAUCCACCAGCAUUGACGAACAACCAGACUUGUGUCCACCACGUUUUCCUACCAAGGAUGCUAAACCAUGUCGAAGUUUGCUUAAGAGACGAGCAGAUAGUUAUGGGGAUCAUUUUAAUACUAGCAGCCCUCCCAAGAAGCGAAGGUCCAUCACAUUCGACGGAGUGACAGUAUUCUAUUUUCCAAGAACGCAAGGGUUUAGUUGUGUUCCAUCUCAGGGUGGCUCAACGUUGGGAAUGGCGUCUCAACAUGUAUUUGCCAAAAAGUUUUCGCUUCAAGAGUACGCAGAAGAACAGCGUCGUGUGCACAAACAAAUGUUGAUACGAAUGAAAAAGCAGCAGCAAGAACAACAAAGUCCUCAUCCUUCGCCUGUUGAACGAGAGGAGGAAGUCGCCAAUGGCAGUUCAAAUGGUGGAUCACAAUCAAGUGAUGACGAUGAGGAGGACAGCGAUGACCCAGAUGUUGAAACAGAUUCAGAAUUGGAAGCUGAGUUGGAUGGAUAUUACUUUCUUCAGCCCGUACCUACCCGGCAAAGACGUCUGAUGCUUCGAGAGGCUGGAGUAAAGAAAAUUGACUCUGCAGAAAAAGACGAAUGCCGAGAUAUUCGGUCAUCACGAGAAUUUUGUGGCUGCUCAUGCAAGUUGUAUUGUGAUCCAGACACUUGUUCCUGUGCUCAAGCCGAUAUUGCCUGCCAGGUUGAUCGCGCAAACUUUCCAUGUCAAGGUUGUACUCGAGAUGGUUGCGGAAAUGCGAAUGGACGAGUUGAAUUUAAUCCAGUGCGAGUUCGAACUCACUUCAUUCAUACCCUGAUGCGUUUGCAAUUGGAAAAGAAGCACGCAAGCAACCAGGCUAAUUGCGGCUUGGAUGGAUCCCUAUUUUCAACACCAUCAUCCCUCCAAUCAAUAGCUCGUCAUCAUAGCGACAUGUCAAAUAAUAUGGGCUCGUCUACAUCAGGUCAUGACUUGAGUUACGGAGGGGUACAACAGCACUGGGACAACAACGGGGGGACUACGUCAAUGUCUUAUUUCAAACGAGAAGACACCAGCCUCUCUACCAAUACCAAUAACGGGAGUCUGAACUAUUCCGGUACCACCAAUUUGGUGCGAGAUGUGUCAUUUUCUACAGGCAUGGAACUUGAAUCCUGUGUCAGCUUGGGUAGCUACACCAACUUUCACUACAAUACUCGCCCCCAACAUUUGCAACAACAAGCCAGUACAGAUACGGUUACCAAUUUUGCUACUCAACACCAUCCCCAACAUCAUCUCCAAAGUCACCAUUCUCCUUUGCAGUUUUCUCCAAAUGACCGGCCUCCUAGAACAGAAGACUCGUUUGAUUUGUUUUCCACAUUUCGGGAAGAUUCCUAUUCAGAAAACAGCGACGAAUUUUCUAAUGAAAGUGGCGAGCAACAGCAAGGGACAUUCCCAAUCGUCCCUUGCUCGACCAAUAAUGGAUUCAACAAUGGACAUAACAAUUCAAUGAAUAAUAAUCACUCUGUAGAUGGGUUACAAAAUAUGGAUCAGCAACAGCACCGGUACAAUGGCGACAGUUUUUUUAGACCAUUGAACCAUGAAGCUCCUCCUGUUCAUUCAAUAUCCGAUACGGUCUCAUACCACCAUCACGGAAAUAUGCUUCCCGACCAUGGUGCUCCUUCUCCCGUCAUGAUGACAUCUCAUCAUCAUCAUCAGCAGCAGCAGGAGCAUGCCCAACAACACAGGUUAUAUAAUAUUAUGAGCGGCUCAGAUUUAUUGCAAAUUAUGUCCUCCGGUGAUCAGCAACGCCACCCAUCAAUUGCCCAUUAUAAUAUGCCAAACGUCCAUUACAAUCCUCCCACCGCUUUCACUGUGUCACACAUGACGCACGGUGUUUAUUCUGAAAAUUCGACUGUUGAGAAUAAUUCCCAGCUAUCAUUUAUGCAACCAUCGUCAUACACGGAAAUCAAUCAAUGCGAAGAAACAUACUCCAAAGAUGGACUUUGUAACGAACAGUCCCAAAGUGCAUCUUCUCAGUGUCAGAAGAAUGGGUUUCAGCCCCUUCAACUGGAGGAGCAAUAUGAAAGCACGACGGCGGGUGAGAAUAACGUUGUCGACGAAAACAAGGAGGAACUACUUACUACUGACAAUUUUGGGGAAAUUAUUAAGAAAACAAUGGUCGAAACUGUAUCCGCGUAGAGAGAUAACAUACUUUGUUUGCCAUCCAAAAAGUUUUUCCAACUAAUUAUAAAAUUGCAUAAGACUCCAACAAAAUAUUCAAAGCAUUUCGCGCAUGUCCCAAGUAAAUUUUAAUUGGUUUGCUAUACAUACAUACUAUAAAAAUGGUAGCAGUGCUAGACUAAAUAUUCUGCUUGUUUUCCAUUAUUAACUACAUACGUCAGGACGCUAAAUUUAUUUUAUUUUUCACUUAUGUAAUCCUCAGAAAUCUUCAAUUUUAAAAGAGCGAAAUACAUCAAAGUUAUAGGUAAUUAAUUAUAAUGUAAAUCACAAAAACUCAGUACCAUUGGAACAACCAUGGGUGUUUAAGUACUACGAAUCGUAAUUACUACGUACAACGUAAGAAUUUGAUGUGUUUAGCGUUCUACCAAAGUUCUGAACUUAAGGUCUAAUAUUUGUAACCUUUAAUUCUUUAAGUGCAGCUUUAAAAUAUGCACACUUUUAAUUAUAAUCAAGAGAUAGGAGGAUAGGAGAUAUUUAUAAAAAUAUGUACUGGUUUCACAAUCAGUAAUACUUAUUAAGAAGUAUAGAUCACCAUUGUCACGGAUUCAUGGUUGAUUAACUCAUUCAAACUAGGAUUAUUUACUUAAUAUAUUGAAAACUCGAAUGAAUUUGUAACAAUCAUUAUAAAGUUCAUAUUUACUUAUUUAUUGCCACCACUCUUGUUUUACAUUCGAUACGUCGUUUAUUUAUUUUACAAUAUUCGCUUGAAAUAAAUACCGACCUAUAUACACAUAAAUAAUAGUGCUAUUUCCUGUUAAAAUUAGUACCACCGUCUAACUCGUAAGUAUGUAUGAUUAGUGAAAAUGUCAUGUGCAGAGACUCAAAAGUGUGAACACAUUUGUUAAACUUUUUAAUGUUAAAAAAAAUUGCAAAUUGAAUGUCUUCAGCGGACAUAUAAUAAAAGUUCAUGCAAUAACUGGAACAGAA